UGAAGCAUCAACGUUGAAUAGGUUUUGGACAGCAACCUUUUCUUAUCAUUAGUUGAUUGGCUUUUUCUCAACAAAUAUCCAUAGGCAAACGGAGAAAAAGCUGCAUUUAAGGUAUGAUUUUUCUUUGUGAAAGGGACAAGAGGCUGGUAGGCUAUCAUAUAUCCAAACUAGGCACUAGUCUAUACUGAUUUUUUAAAAUAUUUUUUUAUUAUUAUUACCGGUAAAAAUUGAAAACGUGCUAGUAAAGGUAACGGCUGGGGAGUCUUUUAACUGGAAUUCCUAUUUUGGAGAAGGAAAGCGGGAAAGGUGUUGAAAUUAAACACUGACCAGGCAAUAUCAGCAUGGAAGAAAACGAUCAUCGAAACGGAGAGCGUCAAAAUUCGGGUGAAGAGUCCAACCAAGCUAUUCUCCCUCUACAAGCACCUGGAAACCAACAACCUCAUAGAAUCACCAACUUUUACAUUGACAAUAUUUUACGACCAGACUUUGGACGCCGAAAGAAAUUUACUUUUCACAAUGGUGUGAAUAAUGCCGAUGGGGGAGAUAAUAUUUCUCGCGUUGCCCCAAAAACUGUACAGAUAGGUCGGACUGUUGCAGGGGAUGGAUCUUCAGAUUCCCGUCCAGACGGGGAGCCCAAAAAAGCCGAAAUUGUUGCUGAUGCGCCUCUGAAGCCCCGAGGGGAAACUGGAGACCAGUGCCUAAGCUCGGACUCGGAUAGUUCACAAGCCAGUUCUGCACCUUCGUCAAAGCCUAUGCUUUGGCCUGCCUGGGUGUAUUGUACACGAUAUUCGGACCGACCAUCAGCAGGGCCAAGAUCUCGUAAACCAAAGAAGACAACCCCACCUAGCAAGGAUGACAAGCGUCCGAGAACAGCCUUCACUGCUGAACAGCUCCAGAGACUAAAAACGGAGUUUCAGACCAACCGCUACCUGACCGAACAGAGACGACAAAGUCUGGCGCAAGAACUCGGACUCAACGAAUCUCAAAUAAAAAUCUGGUUUCAAAAUAAAAGAGCCAAAAUAAAGAAGGCCACCGGAAAUAAAAACUCUUUGGCCUUGCACCUGAUGGCACAAGGACUGUACAAUCACGCCGCAACGUCUAAGGACGACAGAUCUGACAGCGAUUGAUGCUAUGAAAAUAUGAUGCAAUAAGUAAGGGCCAGUGUACUAGAAUACCAGCAUAAAAAACGUGAAUGGAAGACGGUAUGCUAUAUGUUUCUGUUUUUUUUUGCCUCUUGAGCGCUUGAUUUUUAGGCUUAGACCUAUUUGACUUUUGAACUCAUUGACCAUAUGAAAACUGUGCUGAAGUCCAAAGAUUUUUUUCUGCUGCAUUUUCGAGACUGUGAAUUUAGCCUACUUUGUGUUAUCUAUGUUUUACUAUAAUUUCUAUACUUCAAUUCUAUGAUUUUCUUAUAGCAUAUUGUUUUGGUGCUCUUGUAGAAAAUAUUGCAUUAUCUGUUUUGUAUGAAGAGACAGCCUUCAAGCCUUGAUUUGUCAUGGAGGCACAUUCGCGUUUAUAUAUAGCCAGCGUCUAAAAACAAUGCAUUUAUGUAUGUGAACUUUAUGUAUACACAUCGUGAAAGUAGGGAAUAGUAAUAAUUCAGUCAGUGAUGAAUGAGAAAAACUAAAGACCAUAAAUAACCUUCAACUGACAUUUAGGUAAAGUGAUGGGGCAUUUCUUUUGCAUAAAAACCUGUGCAAAUUGGGGUUACUCACGUAAGCCUUAACGUGAACAACAUAGUGACUCUUUGACGAUCCAAUCCGUCUCUACAAGAACUAUUCGGUACAAUGCAGUUGCCCUUUGUUGAAACUAGUCGGGUUCGAAUCUGCUCUCGUCUCGUCUCGCCGUACAAAAAAAAGUAUACACUCACCGCGAGACUUUGUUUCCAUUUCAUCUCCGA